AUGAGCAUAUAUCCGAGGUGUGCUGGCGAUGUGACCUUCAACACACUAUCAUCUAACGCGUUUUCCGAAUGGCCGGAGUCCAUCGCUGGCAUAAUAUGCAAGACCCCGCCCGUCGGCCGCAACAGCGCCCCGCACUUUGCGGAAUGCUGCUCCGGCACGGUCUACAACAUCACGAGCCCGACGUCGUCCAACGACCAGGUGUACCCAGUCUCGUGCGCUACUUUAUGUCAGAUCAGUCCGGAGAUGAAUGCCGACAAUUCGGAUAACCCCUACGGGUUCAGCAACCACUUCAUGUGUCUCACCGACGGCACAAGGGAGCCCUCAUCCUGGGAGGUUGUCUGCGCCACGGUGACACCGCCAGGCGUGGCAUGGCCUACAAGUUUUCCCAAUACUCCUGUCCUCUCGUGGAAGACUAGGUCUUGGACGACCGAUAUUUAUUCGCGCAUCAGCGAGGUUACGUCUGUCGUUGAAAGCCCGACUACAUCGCCAACCGCGACGGUAACGACAGAUAUCACAACAUCUUCGUCGUCUCAAGAAGCUUCGAUCUCAAUGUCUGACUCAAGCGCGGCAUCCACACCACUUACUACAGCUUCAUCAACACAAACGAGCGCAGCUGUGGCGACGCCAACAGGUAGCGGUGCCGCCGAAGGCAAGAGACUGCAUGCGAGAGACCUCACGUUGAGCAUCCUGCUCCUUAUAAGCGCCCUUUGUCGCGCUUAA